GAACAAAUUUUGCUUUCGAAAGUGAAUGUGGUGAUAAAAGUGGUGACUAAAAAGAUUUCUUAAGCUACAUAGAAAAAGCAAAUUCGUGAAAAUUUUUCUUGAGAUUCAUUGUACUAUAACGUGUAGACUUUCUGGCAGUGAUAAAUAUAUAAAAUAGCUCCAAUGAGGGGCCUAAACUUGCUUUUGAAAAAACAUUGCGAAGAAAUAAAUAAAUGGAAUUGCGAAUAUGCAAAAACUAAGUGAUGCUUUAAACAUUUGUCUGAUUCAGAUACAUACUUUGGUUGAUAACUUAUCGAAAAGGAAUUUUCCGCAAAGCUCUCGCGAAAUAAGUGAGCUUUGCAAACAAUUUGGUCUUGAAGCAGAAAGGCAUCUUCUGCGUUGUUUAUUUUCAUCAAUCGAUUUCACCGACGCUCAUUCAGCAAAAAAUUCACUUCAAGCAAAGCUUCUAUCGAGCGAAUUAUCGUCCUUAUUAAACAAAUCAUCUUUCAUAUCGAGCUUGUGUUUUGCUCUUGAAAAUCUUCUUCCUCGGCAGAAGACACUUCGCCUAACUCAAAACCUCAUCCUUCAAAUUUCAAAAGCUGUUAAUUGCUCUCAAAUACAAGAAACUUCUUUGGCCCUUGCUCUAAGGAACUCUUUAAAUCCCGAACUUGCGAAAUUAGCUGAGCAACAUCUUAAAAUCAGCCUACCUCAAUUUAUUCAAUCUUAUACUGAUUUAGGUAAUGUUGAUAAUUCUUUGAGAUCAUCGCAGGAAGGAACACUUACUGAUAUAUCUCCUGAGCUUCUUCAACUUCUGCUCUCACUUCUCUCAUACGGAAAUCAUACAAACUUUAAUCUUUCGGACUCUAUUUACACCAAAUUCACUAGAAAACUUUGUCGUGAUUUUCCUCGCGAUCACGUUCCUUUAAUUUUAACGCCACUUUUAUAUCUUGAAGAAAGUGAAAUUUCUACUGAAUCAUUAUUGUCGAACUCACAAAAUAUCUUCAAAUCGAACAUUAUGGACACGUCGUGGUCAAAAAUCAUAAUGGAAAUUGGCUAUUCGUUUACAUCAUCUGUCGAUGAAUGCAAAUCACAUUUAAUGAAAGGUGGUGGAAGAGACGUCACUGCUCAAGAAGUUUCCAAAAUCAUUUCAUUAAUGUGUCAAACACAUACAAAUUUAUCAGACAGCAGCAUAAAUUUACCAACUCCAAACGCAUUCUGGCCAAAUUCAUCACAACCUAAUUCAGAUUUAUCAUCAUCAACUGGUGGCAGCGUGUCAUCUCAACCGAAAGAGAAACUCACAACAAUUGACAAUUCAUCAUGGAAGCCUGACGUGUUUGUUCAAGCACUGAAAGAGACUGUCCCAAAUUUAAACUGGAAAGAGGUUUGUUUGGGACUCGAUCAUCAGGAGUUCAUCAUGAAAGAUCGCCAUGGCCUCAAUUUACUAAUAACAACAAUCAGACUUGGAAUGCAAUCAAGCGGAAUAGGACAAAACUUUCCUGCCGAAUGUCUUUAUCGGCAUUGGUCAAAUGUUGAAGGGCAACUUUCGCUUAUUACAUCGAUUCUAAAGAACCCUGACAUUUACUCUUUUGCUGAUCACAUCUACAGCUCAGUUCCGAUUGAAAUGCUUAAAACACCGCCAGAACAAGACAACAAAGAAAUUGCUGCAUGGAAGUCAAUUCAUUUGGUUGAAGUUCUUCUUUAUAUCUCUGAGAAUGGAUGUUACAAUCAAGUUUUGGAGAUUCUCAAGUUUCCUCUUGUUCAUUGUCCGGACAUUCUUUUCAUGGCUUUGCUUCAAACAAAUGGACCAAUGAUGAUGUUACGACAAGAGUUGUUUACAAGUCUUAUUCCAAUUUUUUUAAGCAAUCAUCCAAAUUCGGGGCCGAUUCUUCAUCAUGCUUGGAAUUCAACAAACUUUGGAGGUGCUCUCAAGAAUAUUAUCAUGAUGUGCAUGAGUGACUGGUAUUUGAGAGGCGACAACGAUCAAUCAAGAUUAUCGAGAAUCUUAGAUGUUGCUCAAGAUCUAAAAGCGCUUUCAAAUCUUCUUAAUUCAAAAACAUUUAUGUUUGUAGUCGAUCUCGCUUGUUUAGCAUCACGUCGUGAGUAUUUGAAAUUAGAGAAAUGGCUGUCAGAUAAGUUGCGUGAACAUGGUGAUCAGUUUGCAGCUGCUCUUAUAAAGUUCCUUCAAAGAAGAUGCCCACAAAUCUUGGGAAAGCCUGACGAUCAAAUAAUAAAGUCAGGUCACUUGCAACCGGAAACUAUCAACACAAUCGUUCAGUGUCUUAAUGCCUUCAUACCAAAUGUUCAUUCAUUUGAAAUCGCUGAUCAAGCAAUGCAAGUUGUCAACAGCUGUAACGUGUUGAUAAGUAAACGACGACAAUUUCAAACUCCAAUGUUACGUGGAUCAUCUCAUUUGGGCAUGGAAGCUUCUUUUAAUAACAGUAAUCAAGUUUUUAAUCCUGGAAUGAAUCUUUCAGACGUCAAUUCAGGAAUGAAUUCUUUGAAUCUUAAUGCACCUUCAACAAAUGCUUUUAAUUUUGGAAAUAUGUUGGGAAACUUGUCAACGGCAACUCCUGCUUCUCCAUCACGUUUAAUGUCAACACUUAGCAGUGGAAGUGAAGAAGCAAACGGCUACUUCCAACGUAUUUACAAUCAUCCACCACAUCCAACAUUAUCAAUUGAUGAAGUUCUUGACAUGUUGAAGAGAUUUCAAGAGUCGACAGUUAAACGUGAACGCGACAUUCAUCAUUGCAUGUUGCGUAAUUUACUUGAAGAAUAUAAAUUCUUUCCACAAUAUCCUGAUAAAGAGUUGCAAAUCACUGCGCAAUUGUUUGGUGGAAUGAUCGAGAAGAAUUUAGUGGACACUUAUGUGACGUUAGGAUUGGCACUGAAAUGUGUUCUUGAUGCAUUGAGAAAAUCGGAAGGAUCAAAAAUGUAUUAUUUCGGUGUGACAGCGUUGGAUCGUUUCAAGAAUAAGCUUUGUCAAUAUCACAAAUAUUGUGAACAUAUUCGAACAAUUCCGCAUUUUAAUCAAUUUCCACCUCAUUUAAUUAAAUAUGUUGAAUAUGGAUGCAACUCAGAAGUUCCACCAGAUAGUGCUACACUAUCGACUAUCACUGACCCAAGUGGACAACUCUUGCCAAAUGCAUUAUCACAUUUACCAUUGACAUCCACACAGUCACUUUAUAGAAGCAAUUCAGUGACAGGAAAUAUUAUAACGCAAGCAAAAGCAGCUGCAUCGUCAUCAACAUCAACAACGCCAAGUAAUGUUGUGUUGUCAACAAAAUCUAUCAAAUCGAUUGCAAAUGCAACAAACAUUGAUACGCUUCUUGUUGCGAAUGAAACUGAAAGUGAAAAAAUUACAAUGCCACCUGAUGGGGUUCAGGACAAAACCGCUUUCAUCUUCAACAAUCUCAGUCAAUUAAAUUUGACAUCGAAAUGUGAAGAAAUUAAAGAAAUUCUACUGAAGGAAUAUUUUCCAUGGAUGUCGCAAUAUCUUGUAUUGAAACGUGCAAGUAUUGAAAUAAAUUUUCACACGCUUUAUUCGAACUUCUUGGACGCAUUAAAGCUGCACGAUUUAUUGAUAUUAACAACAAAUGAAACUUUUCGAAACAUCAAAGUCUUGUUGAGAAGUGACAAAAGCAUUGCAAACUUUUCAGAUCGUAGUUUGUUGAAGAAUCUUGGGCACUGGCUUGGAAUGUUAACGCUUGGAAGAAAUCGUCCAAUUUUACAUAACGAUAUCGAUUUGAAAUCUUUGGUUUUGGAAGCUUAUAACAAAGGACAGCAAGAACUUCUUUAUGUCGUUCCUUUUGUUGCUAAAGUCAUUGAAUCAACAGCAAAAAGUAAAGUUUUUAAACCACCAAAUCCAUGGACAAUGGCAUUAAUGAAUGUUUUAGCUGAAUUACAUCAAGAACCUGAACUUAAAUUAAAUUUGAAAUUUGAGAUUGAAGUUUUGUGCAAAGCGUUGAACUUGGAAGUUGGUGAUUUGAAACCUGCUUACUACUUAAAAGAUCCGGAAAGAUCACAAAAGAUUAUCCAUCAAUUGUCGCCACCAAGUAAGACAAAAGACACAGGACACCAACAAUUAUCACUUACAGCAGCUGAUGAAGUUGCAAGUACAUCAAUUGUACCUUCACUUCAAUCAGAAUCGCCGUCAAAUUCACAAAGUGAAGCAUUCACAACCGGACCGAGUGAACCGCGUUAUACAUUGAAUGAAAUUGGUAUUCAAAACUUCAAUGUGAGUAUAACAAAUCUUAUGGUCUUAUCACCUACGUUGGUGUUACUUCAUCCACAACUUAAGACAAUUGUUCGUGGUGCACUUGAGAAAACAAUUCAAGAUUGGGUUGGACCGGUCGUUGAUCGAAGUGUGAAGAUUUCCAUCAAAACAACUGAAUCAAUCAUUCGAAAAGAUUUCGCUCUUGACUCUGAUGAAUCGACAAUGCGACAAGCAGCACAUUAUAUGGCACGUAAUCUUGCUGCUGGUAUGGCAAUGAUAACAUGUAAAGAUCAAUUAAUUUCAGCCAUACAAUCGAAUGUUAAAACAGCUUUCAUGACAAUUCUUGCUCCACAACAAAAAGAUCAAAUCGAUAUGGCCGCAAGCAUGAUUGCUAAUGACAAUGUUGAACUCGUUUGUGCUUUCAUACAAAAGUGGGCGAUUGAAAAAGCAAUUCCCGAAAUUGACAAAUCGCUUAUCUCUGAAUUUGAAGUAAGAAAGAUGGCAAGACAGGAAGGAAGAACAUUUUGUGAUCACACAGUGUUGGCUUAUCAAGCUGAAAGAAUUCCAAUGCAAAUUCGAUUAAAAGUCGGAUCAGUGUCGUCAAAUCAAUUGUCAGUUUAUGAAGAAUUUGGGCGAAACGUCCCCGGAUUCCAGCGACUCACCGAUCGUGAACUAUUUUCGAAGAGUGUCGAACCGCAAAUUCCACUUUCAGCUGGUUCUGGUGUUGCUUCAGUUGCGUCAUCUGUUGCUUCGAAUGGAAUUCAACUUUCAGGAUCACAAUUUAAUUCCUUUGGACAAGAUGACUUUGGUUUAUUGUAUGAUGAUUUAACACAAAAGAUUGAAGCGUAUAUAAACAUGUGUAAUGGAUUUCAACUUCUUCACCUUCAAACUCAAAGCAUGCACUCAUUGCUAGAAUGUGUAAUGUUGGUUAGACGAACAAGAGACAAUUCAGCUCAACAGAAUUUAUUGAAGAAAACAGUUGAAGGUUUAAUGGAAGGACUUAUUGCAAUUCCAGAACAUAAUGAACAAAUUAAACUUUAUCGUGAUCUGCACUUACGAGUUUUAAAGAUUCUUCAAGAUAAUCGUGCAUUUGGAGUAGCUUGGACAAAUAAAAGCGUUUCACGAUUCAUGAUUGAAUGUCCUGAAACUUAUCGUUAUAAUGUGGAGGCUUCAGAUGUCUUAAUAACAGCAGGUUGUGUCUCACUACCACAAUACGACGCUUGUCUUGCAACUCUCAUCGAAAAUGGAAACUUUGCAGCAGCAAGUUUUGCUACGAAACUUUUACAAGUUUACUUUCUUGAUGAUCGUUCAUCAGUGAUGGUUCAAGAUGGAGAUUUUCAUAACACAAUAACAAUUCUUGAACGACUCGCACAACAUAACAAUGGACCAGAAGCACUCAUUAAUCUUCUUGAAGUACUUAGAAAUCAACAAGAUCAAAGUAUUCAUUUAACUGAUCGAGCUAUUCAUGGACCGACAUCAUAUAUUCACUCUGGAAUGCUUCAAGCUCGAAGCUCUGGUGAAAUCGAUGAACCACCAGGUUUUCUCGAACGUUCUGAAUAUUUAUUGAAAGAUUGGAUAACAAUUUUUCACACACAUGCGACUCGCGAUCCAAUCAAAUCAUUUUCGAACUUCGUCAAUAAAAUGAACAUUUAUGGAAUCUUGAAAGGUGAUGAAGCACUUACACGCUUCUUUAGACAUGCAACGCAAAUGUGCAUCGAUGUCACUUAUAGAAAUGAUCCAACAAUUAACAACACAAAAAUCUUCAAAUAUAUUGAUCCAUAUGUUCGAUUAAUUGCUUUAUUAGUUAAACAUUCUGGUGAAACAUCAAAUUCAACAACGAAACUUAAUCUCCUUAAUAAAAUUCUUGGAAUUGUCAUAGGAAUAUUGUUGAAGGAUCAAGAAGUUCAUAAGCAGAACUUCCAGCAGCUUGCGUAUCAUCGAAUUUUCAUCAUGCUUUUCCUUGAACUCAGCUCAUCUGAUCCAGUGUUAGAGAAUAUCAUGACAAAUGUGUUAACUGCUUUUUGUCAUGCUUAUCAUAUUCUACGUCCAUCAAUUGCACCUGGAUUUUGUUAUUCGUGGUUGGAGCUCAUUUCUCAUCGUGUUUUCCUUCAAAGAAUUCUUGCAACAGCCCCACAAGCUAAGGGAUGGUCGAUGUAUUCUCAACUUUUAGUGGAUUUGUUCAAAUAUCUUGCGCCUUUCUUAAGAAAUGCUGAACUUGCAAAAUCAGUGACGCUUUUAUACAAGGGAACGUUACGUGUUUUGUUAGUGCUUUUACAUGACUUUCCAGAAUUUCUCUGUGAUUAUCAUUUUGGAUUCUGUGAUGUCAUUCCACCCAAUUGCAUUCAAAUGAGAAAUUUAAUAUUGUCAGCUUAUCCGCGUAACAUGAGAUUGCCAGAUCCAUUCACACCAAAUUUAAAGGUUGACAUGCUCAGUGAUAUUAACACACAACCAAGAAUUCACAGCAAUUAUGCAGCAGCUAUUCAACCACCGAACUUCAAGAAGGAUCUUGAUUUGUAUCUCAAACAACGAUCACCUGUCACAUUUUUAUCAGAAAUUCGUGGACAUUUACAAAUUUCAAAUGAGCCUGGAUCUCGUUACAACGUUCCAUUGAUGAAUGCUUUGGUGUUGUAUGUUGGCACACAAGCAAUCAAUCAAAUACGUGCUAAAAAUCAAAAUCCGACAAUGACCAACAUCAUUCAUAAUGCUCACAUGGAUAUUCUUCAAAAUUUAGCUGUCGAUUUAGACAAUGAAGGGCGUUACUUAUUUUUGAACGCAAUUGCCAACCAAUUGCGAUAUCCAAACAUUCACACGCAUUACUUCAGUUGUGCUUUACUUUAUCUGUUUGACGAAGCAAAUACCGAAGCUAUUCAAGAACAAAUCACUCGUGUACUGCUUGAACGUUUGAUUGUAAAUCGUCCACAUCCAUGGGGUUUACUUAUAACAUUUAUCGAGCUGAUCAAAAAUCCGUCAUACAAGUUUUGGGAUCACGACUUUGUUCAUUGUGCUCCAGAAAUUGAAAAAUUAUUUGAGUCGGUCGCACGAUCGUGCAUGGUGAAGACGCAACAAAACUCUCAAGCAUCCCAACUACCAACGAACGAAUCCGAAAUGCAAGAAUGCAAGUGAGACAUGAUGUAAAACUCUCACAGAAUAUUAUUUGAUGGAACGAUGUUUUAAGCUACAAAUUCUUUCUUCUUUUUCAAUUUUCAUAUUUCCUUUUUCCAACUAUUUUUUUUCUUGAAUUAAAUUCCCAAAAAACUUUUUUCUUUCAUUGGUGAUGGAUGUAAAUUUAUCUAUCAUACCAAACCUGAAAGUCCAUCAAUGUUUAUAUCAAAAACAUGCCUGAAAAGUAAAUUUUCUAUUUGUAGUUAUUUUUGAAAUUUAUUGGAUAAGAAAUAUGCAUAAAUAACAGCAACAAAAAAUGGAAUGCAAGAAGAAAUUACUGAAAUGAAAUAAUAAUAAAAUGUUAGGAUAGAUUUUAAAAUAAAUAAACAUGUUUUAUUUCAUACUCAUGUAUGUAUGUCUCGCAAUUGAUAAAAAUUAAUAAAUUCAACGAUAAUAUUGAUGUGAAACGAAAAAGCAAAUACAUAAAUAAUCCUAAAAUAGUUUUCUUUAUUAAAAUGUCUGGUGACCAUAAGACCAGUGAACAAAAAUCUUUUAAGUUUAACAAUUGAUGAUGAAUGUUGCGGAUCUCGAAUAAAAAUCGUCAAAUAUUUGAGUAACGUAGU